AUGCUGAAGCAGAAACACCUGGAGAGGAGGAAAAAGUUGCCACCAUCAGAAGACAGGAGCUCAGGAACCAGAGAUGAAGCAGUACAAAGGCGCGUUUUGGCCCACAGGUCCAAACAGCCAAGCAAAGAGUUGAAAUGCUACAGCGAAGCCUUACGUGAGCUUUUCACAGCAGUUACCAACCAUCCUGGCCCGUGCAGUCUGAAUGACAGUGACAAAGACCUGAGUGCAGAUUCUACAGCGGUCCCGCUUCAGGACUCCCAGGUGCUGUUUACAGAAACAGAUGUGACCUUGCCCUCCUGUCUGCACGGCAGUCCCGGGUCCCAGGAAACGGAGCGAGACAGAGAGUUGCCUUGGACUCCCCACUUCCCUGCUUCAUGUGACUCCUCUUCCUUAGUACUAGCAAAGGUUUACCAAGAGAUGAUGACAAUCUACAAACAGCUAAAGGCAGAGCGACAAAGUCAGCAGCAGUGGGAGAAGGAGUUGCUUGAGCGACAAAGGAGGCUGAAGCAGGAGGAAGAGGCUUUUGGGAGGCUGGCUGGGCUGGAGGAGACGGUCCACGCUCAGAUUCAGGCUACAGAGGAGAAACACCAGCAGGAACUGAGCCAGCUGCAGGAGCUUCUUCGAGAAAGGAGCAAAGAGAACAAGAGGCUCAAAUCCAGCUUCGACACCAUCAAGCAGCUGAAUGACAACAUGAAGAAACAGGUGAUUGAGAUCAGUGAACAGAAUAAGAAGCUGGAGAGCCAGUCAAAGAGGGUGCAGGCUCGACUUGAGAACCUACAGAGGAAGUUCGAGCAAAGCGUCGCGUCGAGAGGCCAUCAGAAAGAAAGCGCAAAGAGUACAGAAUGUAUUAAACCACACAAAAAGGAGAAAACUGCUGCUGCUGCUGGAAAACCCAGUGAGAAGGGCAGCUCAAGUCCCACACCGCCAAAGCUCCUGGCCCUUCUACUGGACUGGGUACUUGAUGGACAGAUGUUCUCAUCAGUAGCAGGAAAGGAACCGAACGGCGUCGACCAGCGCCUGCCUCGGGAGGUUGUGCUCAGUGAGAGAUGUCUCAAGGUGCUGCCAUUGUUAGCAGAUCAGCUUCAUCACGCUCCUUUGUCAGAACCCAACCUUCUGCGCAACCUUCUCCGCCUCAUUCACUGGGCUGUGAGACACUUGGAUGACAGCAAACAGCAUGUACCGUUGUCUGCCACUCUGCGGCGGAUAGGGGAGGAGGUGUCGAAGCCCGCAGCCCAGUCAACAGCACCGAGGUCCGUAGAUCCAGACCUGCCCGAGUCCUGCGCUGACACACCUGGACCCUUCAGGAGUUGGCCCCUUUACCAGAGCCCUUGUCCUCACACACGUGUUCUUUCCACCCUCAUCAUCCUACGCACCAUCACACAAGUGGAUGUGCUGGCCCAAGCGCUGGAGAAUCUCCGGACUGAACUGAUGUGUGAAGACAGUCGAGGCCUGUUCAUCCACUACGGAGGCCUGCAUGUGCUGCUGACAACGCUCCGGGCCGGUCGCACAGGGCUCGACACACCGAUAGACGUCCUGAUGCGGCUCUGCGAGCAGUCCCGCUACUUAAAUUCCUUUCUGGAGGCAUGUAGCUGCGAGGAGUUUUUCAGAGCAGCUUCUCAGCUCCUUAAAAACCCUCGACUGGAGCUGCCAUCGCUGGAGAAGCUCUCCAUCCUCCUGCAGAAGCUCUCCGGCAUCAGGAGGAACCGUCGUCUGUUUGAGCUCUCCUCCCUCCGACACCAGAUACAAGAGCUGCAUCACAACACCGACCCGGCACACACGUUCCUCUGCCUCAACCUCCGAUCCAUCCUUCACAACCUUAGAUAACACACACGUGUUUCUCUGCCUCAUGGUACAUUCAAGGUUUCUGUCAAAGCUUAGACUUCUUAUUCAGGAUGACAUUCCCUCUAUUUUACAACUUCAACACUUUGCCUCCUCUUCUAAUGUGUGUUCAAGCUGCAGUUAUUGACCAUACGCGAAAGCAGCAGCUCGAUUCCUCCUCUACCUCACAUGACAUCUGCGGACAUAUUUAACACCGAUGUGUUUUUGAAGUUCUUUCGUCUGUCAGAAGUGCUGUUUUAAGGCUGUGUGUGUGUUUUGCACUUGGCGACCCGUACUGUUUUUGUUCUAAAAUGCUAAUCUGAUGUCUUUUUCUUUCAUGAAACCCCCUUUAAAAGAAAAAAAACUAUCAGAGUAUCACGCUUGCGAGAGGUUGUGACUGUGAAAGUUUUAAUGGCAAUAAACAGAAAGAACUGAA